CAUGGAUGCAAGAACUACAUGCAAAAUUUGGCGACAUGUUUGAAGUUUAUUUAGGGCCUAACCGAGCAGUAGCAUUAUGCAGGUCAGAUCUUGUUGAAAAACUUAUGAAUUCCUCGACAACCAAUACUUUUCGACUUCGUACACCCAUAAAUGAUGGUUGUAAAACACUUGGAGUUAUGGAUAAAGGCAUUAUCUUCAAUUAUAUAUAUGAUGAUUGGAAUUAUAUUCGUAGAUUUUACUCCAAAAUUUUAAUGACUCCUCAAUCUCGUCAAAAGAUUAUAGAAUUUUCUCAAACUUCAUUUGCAGAAAUAGAAAAAUAUUGGAAAGAAAUUGAUGAACCUAUAGUUGAUCUUACUGAAUGGAUAAAAAGAUUUGCUUUGGAAAAUAUCAUGUGCUUGGCGACCAACAUGCGAGUUAAUUCGAUUGCUAAUUAUUAUAAUUCUUUGAAACCUAAUUCACAAUCUCCAUUUACUGAGCAAUUGAUUGGAGGCGUUUUAAUGUUCGUCCAUGCCCUUCAUUUCUAUUCAUUGGCACCAACAUUUUGGAGAAAUAAACCAGGUCAAAAUAAAGCGAUUUCUAAUAUGUUAUUCGGUGCAAAGAAAUCGUUAGAUUCAUUGUUAUUGGAGAUGGUUAAGAAGCGCAGAGAUCAAAUAGAAAAUAGUGAUGUGGAAGAAGAAUUGUCACAAGAUUUUUUAACUCAAUUAUUGACAAUAAAUACCAAGCGGGAUGUCUCUAAAGGUAUCAGUGAUGAAAAACAUAAAUCACCUAUGUCUGAUGAAGAAAUUAAAGCUAUUAUUACGGAAAUUUUUACCGGUGGAGUUUUUACGACAUCCAAUAAUAUGUUAUAUAUGAUCUAUUACGUAGCAAAAUAUCCUGAAGUUCAGCAAAAAGUUGUUCAAGAAAUCGAAUCAAUAUUAGGCAAAGAUCUUAAUAAGGAAAUUACAUUAAAAGACAUAGAUAAUCUGAAAUAUUGUGAAGCUGUUAUUAACGAAGUAAAUCUCCGAGCCUCUGACAAACAUCAAACAAUCGGUUCUUAUACAUUCGCACCAAAUACUCAAUUUUUGAUAAAUCAACAAGCAAUUCAUUUACAUCCUAAAGAUUGGGAAGAUCCAGAUAAAUUUAAACCUGAGAGAUUUUUAGAUGGUGAAACGAUCAAUAAAAACGCAUUUUCAAUGUUUGGUGGUGGUACUCGAAUUUGUCCG